AGUGUGUGUGUGUGUAUGCUCAGUGGCAGUAAGUAGAUUAGAUCAAGACAGUGUGCCCAUUUGUUCCUGUGUGAUCAGUUUUCCUGGACAACAGAGUUAGUCCAGUUAUGUAGCCGGCUCUCCCGGGCCUUAUCUUGAUUGGUUAGGGGAGGACGGGGUGGGAGAGGCGAUCUGUCAGUGAGGAUCCACAGGCCCUUGCUCAGUUGCACUGUGUCUUUAGCGAGCACAGACAGAUCCACCGCCUUCACAGACUCAGAGUACUUCAUGGACAAGAAGAGUGGAACUGUAGAUGAGGACUUCUUCACUUAGGAUAACAUUCUAAAUAAGAUGAAUCAUUAGGUGGUAACUUUUUUUGACAGGUCAAAGAUCAGUUCAUUGAAAGAACCAUAAAGUCGCUUGGAUUUUUGGAAACCUGCUUUAGAAGAUCAAGAACAAUUUUACAUAAUUGUAAAGAAUAUUAGAGAAACUGCAGGCUACCAGCUACGGCAAGCAUCAAAAACUGGAGACACUUUCUCUACCUGCAAAUCAUCCUGCAAAACAGUUCAAUAUACUGAAUAGACCUUCCUGGAGCUACUGUACCCGAGAGGUUCAAAUCAACUGGCGUGGCGAGGCAAGGAGAGCUGUGCUGGGAUAAAGAGAAGAUGAGCGAGAGGCCUGGCGAGUCCAGGGCCAGGUAUGAGACGGCAAACCAGCCGAGAAACUAGAAACCAGCUGCUUUCAAUGUAAACAUACAGCACAAUGCCAUCCCUGCUGCCGACCUGGCACAAGAGGACCUGGGCCACAUCAAGUGACACACCUCUGCUCUUAAUCCUCUUUGUUAUCUUCAACCACCAGGUAACAUGCUCAAAGCUUGAAAGUCUGAUCGCUAAACGGACCGAAUACAAGGAAACCUGCAACAAGAAUCUGACAAGAAGUGAACCCCUAGGAACUGAAAUCUACUGUAAUGGAACAUUUGACAGUUAUGUGUGCUGGCCCCAUUCAUCUCCUGGGAACGUGUCGGUCCCCUGUCCUUCUUACUUACCAUGGAUCAGCGAAAACGACACCAGGAUGGUGCACAGAGAAUGCUUGGAAAAUGGGACAUGGCGAAAGGAGGAGAAUUCUUCAGCGUUCUGGAGGGAUGACUCUGAGUGUAAGGAGGACCGGUUCUUUAAAGAUGAGGAGGAAAUGUAUGAAAUGCGUCGCCAGAGAGCCCUCAGGGUCAUCUCUGUCAUUGGCUAUUCCCUCUCCCUGUUCUCCCUCACGCUGGCCACUCUCCUGAUGGGCAUGUUGAGGAAGCUCCACUGUACCAGGAACUACAUCCACAUGAAUCUCUUUGUGUCGUUCAUCCUGAGAGCCAUAGCUGUCAUUUCUAAGGAAAUCUUCUUACACAUCAUGUAUUCCAACCUACCCAAAGAUGACCCUGGAUGGAACUCUCACUCAAGCUCUGCGACAGCGCUAAUGUGCAAAUUCUCCAGAGUGGCCAUGGAGUACUUUGUGACCUGUAACUACUUCUGGCUCUUGGUGGAGGCCAUUUUCCUUCACACGCUGCUCUUCACCGCUGUGUUGACCAAAAGAUGUCUGCUGAAGAAAUACAUGCUGUUAGGAUGGGGAGCACCUGUCUUGUUUGUGACACCAUGGACAGUGGUAAAGAUUUUAUAUGAAAACAAAGAAUGCUGGCCAAAUGUAAACAUAGGGUUCUGGUGGAUCAUAAAGUGCCCGAUUACUUUAUCAGUGCUGGUAAUUUUCUUUAUAUUCAUCAAGAUUCUGAAGCUGCUGCUGUCCAAGCUGAAAGCAGAUCUGGUGAAAUUUACUGACUACAGAUACAGCUUGGCCAGAGCAACACUGGUACUGAUUCCUCUGCUGGGAAUCCAUGAAGUGGUCUUCACUGUGCUGACAGAUGACUACUGUGUGGAGGGCAGCAGUCGUUAUGCCAGGAACUUCAUCAACCUCACCCUCAGCUCUUUCCACGGCUUCGUGGUUGCUGUGCUGUACUGUUUUGCUAAUGGAGAGGUCCAAACUGAAUUGAAGAAGCACUGGCAGCUUUUCCUGUUCACCCACCACUUCACGGUCAGCAGCUGUUUUCGGGGCAUGGUCUUUAAGCAUCUGUGGAGGCACACUCGGGGGCAAUGCCCACAGUGCUCUCGGCAGUGUGAAUCCUAUGACGUGGGUGGCGCCUCCACAAUGCACCCGCACUUGCUUCAGGUGGCUGUACAUGGUGGAGGUGGAGCAUUUAGAAUUGGAGAGCUUAAAGGUCAGGGGUUGAAGGGCUGUGACGCAACAGGGCUUGACUUUCUCGCCAGGAAGAGCCUGUCUAGUAGUGAUGGGGAGAUGACGCUUGGGGAGACCAUGGAAGAGAUUCUGGAGGAGAGUGACUUCUGAUCCCUCUUUAGUGGAGUGCAGUUUGUUAUCGGUCAGUGGUGCAAAUUCAUGUGCUUAAGUUCACCAACUAAGUUGAGAAGAUGGGCAUGGAUUUAUUUUCACCCUUGCGAGUGAAUCCACAGAUCCCGGUAAUUCCUCUGAAAUGAACUGAUUUCACCACAAAAUUCACUGUUUUAAAUGAUGGUGUGAGCAGGACUGAAGGCCCAGCACAAGAGUUGGGUUGAUCGCUGAGUCUCUGCAAAUACUGAAGCUGCCAUGUGUAGUCCAUUGUGUGCACUGUACUUAAAGGUCCGAUGAUGAUAAGGUGAUGUAUUUCCUGUUGCAUUAUGACAGCGAGGAAUCGAUUUUAGGCAUAAACUCAUGGGUUAGUUUAGUUACGGAGAGAAAGGCAGUUUGAUUAUAUAGGAUGGGAUAGAUUACAUUAUUAAUUGGGCAUUUUGGGUACACCAACUAGUAGUAUGUGGUCACUACUGUGAGUGCAUUACUUUCCAGGAAGUAACAUUUUUCCAGCAGGAUUAAGUUCCCAUUCCAUCACAUUUUAAAUGGGAAUUUGGAUAAUUCUCUGGGAAUAUAAGAGGUUUCAGAGAAUUUGGCAAGUGGGUCAUUUUACAUGAAUUUACCGGUAUGUAUUUUACAACUUUACAUUGGAUCAGUCAAGAUAAAGGAGGUCAGUCAGAUAAAGGAGAGAAUAAAAUGUUUACUGAAGCUUUACCAAAGAAUCAGACUUAAAAAUGGAAAGUUGGGCAUUUUCCACUAUAAAUUCUUUCAUUAUUUCUUUUGCGAAAGGCCAGUCAUCUACAGUAUAUUUUUAUUCAAAGGCUAUAAACACUAAUCUUUGACGAGUGCUCUACAGUUACAGUAUAAACAUACAAUACAUUCUUCUUGCAGGCAUUUAAUGGUCACUUUGAAUAUCUAUACGUACAAUAAACCUCACAGUGAACAUCAUUCUAUACAAAUGCAACAACAGUGUUACGUGUUUUUCAUAGAUUUGUGUUUUAUUUACCAUGUAAAAUAUGACAUCUUACUAUGUCAGGCCAGUUAUAAAUAUCCAUAUGGCACAACAUCUGGAUUGAAAUGUGCAUAUAAAUACAAUGUAUUUGUUGUCUGAAAGUGAAUAAUGCAGAAUGCAAAGGCUCUGUGUGCAGUUUUAUAGCUUGUCAUGUUUUCUAUUCUUGUGAAGCUUAAAAUGUAUCAAAGGCAUUGUUGUACAGUCAAAACUAUCACAUGAUUUGUACAUGUACUCCCACAACAAUGUAUGUGCACAAAUAAAACAACAGAUUGUCUUCUUGUUAUGACCAAAAACCUCA